AUGGCAGAAUUAGCUUUGUCCCCACUUCUACAAGUUGUGUUUGACAGACUAGCUUCUCCACUCCUUGGGAAGCUCCGUGACCUCUAUGAUCUUAAAAAGAACUUCGAAAAGCUUCAAUACUCAUUACCAAUGAUUCUAGCUUUCCUUGAAGAUGCAGAAGAACGACAAGUCGCUGAUAAGGCUGUCAAGAUUUGGCUAAACAAGCUCAAAAAUGUAGCUUAUGACUCAGAUGACUUGUUGGAUGAGCUUGCUGCAGAAAUCACUCUUUGCGAGAUCAGAAGCAAUAUUACUAGAGGUAACAAGGUAAGCGGCUUGCUUUUGCCUUUCAAACCAAGCAGGCGAAUUUUCGAUGUUGCUUGUGAACUUCAAGAAAAGUUGAUGGUGUUAGAUAAGAUUACAGGGGAAGGGUUAAACUUAAAUUUCAAGAAAAAGGGUAAAGAUGUGCAUGAAUUUUUAGCUAGAAAAAGAGAGACUGUCUCUUUUGUGGUUGAAACAGAGGUUUAUGGUAGAGAGGAAGAUAAAAAGAAUAUCUUAGGAAUGUUGUUACUUACUACCUGCCAUGGGAAAACCAAUGGAGGUAUUUCAGUCAUUCCUAUAGUUGGUAUAGGAGGCCUUGGCAAGACAACACUGGCUCAAUUGGUUUAUAAUGAUGCUAGCUUGGUAGGCUAUUUCGAUCUGAAAAUAUGGGUGUGUGUUUCCAAUGAUUUUGAUGCUAAGAAGCUCAUCAAAGCAAUCAUAGUAUCAGCAACAAGGAGAGUAUGUGAAUUCUCAGAGAUGGAUAUGCUUCAGAUGCUGCUACGAGAAUCUCUUUGUUCGAAGAGGUGUCUUCUUGUCUUAGAUGACAUAUGGAAUGAAGAUCAAGAAGAAUGGGACAGAUUUCGAGUUUUGUUCACUGGAUGUGCGGAAGGAAGCAAGAUGCUGGUAACCACUCGAAGUAAUGAAGUUGCAUGGAUGGUGGGGACAACUUCUUCACCAUACCAUCUCAAUGUCUUGAGCCAAGAUGAUUGUUGGGAUUUGUUCAAGAACCGAGCUUUUGGUCGAGGAGAAGAGGAAAAGUAUCCUAAUCUGUUGCCAAUUGGAAAACAAAUUAUCAAGAAAUGUGGAGGUGUGCCACUAGCAGCAAAAACACUUGGAAGUCUGCUGAGGUUUAAAAGAGAGGAGAGGGAAUGGUUGUUUGUGCAGCGGAGUGAGCUUUACAAUUUGGAUAAAAGCCAAAAUGGGAUUUUGCCCACUCUGAAGUUGAGUUAUAGCCAUUUACCGCCACAUCUCAAACGAUGCUUUGCGUACUGUUCCUUAUUUCCCAAAAAUUAUGAGUUCAAGAAGGAAAAGUUAAUCCGUCUUUGGAUGGCAGAGGGCCUAAUUAUGGGAAAUGGAGAAUGUAGACCACUAGAGGACGUAGGAAAUGAUUAUUUCAAUGCCUUGUUGUGGAUGUCCUUAUUUCAAGAAGUGAAGGAUUCUGGGGAUGACAGCAUCACAGUAUACAAAAUGCAUGAUCUAGUCCAUGAUCUUGCUCAAUCUGUGGCAGGCGAUGAAUUUUUGAAACUUGAGUUUGCUCUUCCAAAAGGUAACCUUGCACGAGUCCGUCAUUCAUCAGUCGUAUGCAAAUUUGAGUCAUCCGCAAUUCUAUCAGUGAUGCUCAAAGCAACACGUCUCCGAACCUUGUUGUUGUUGUCUCCUGGAGUCAACUUUCAGGAGCUUCCUCCUUCUUUCAUAACAAGUUUCAUGUACUUACGGGUACUGGAUUUAAGUGGGAGUGGAAUUAAAAGACUGCAGAUAUCAGCUGGCGAGUUGAUGUGCUUGAGAUAUCUUGAUCUCUCCAACACUUCCAUUCAAGAACUCCCCGAUGCAAUUUGUGAACUCUUCAAUCUGCAGAUGCUGUAUUUAUCUGGCUGCUACCACCUUGUGAAGCUUCCUGACAGAAUCAGUAAGUUGGUUAACUUAAGACACCUCGAUAUAACUGGCUGUGAAGGAUUAACUCAUAUGCCAAAUGAGAUUGGAAGAUUGGUUCUCCUUCAGACGUUACCAAAAUAUAUUGUGGGUGAAGGGAGCGCACAAAGUCUUAUGGAGCUCAGUUGUCUAGAUCUACAAGGUGAGCUGACCAUAAGCAGCUUGGAAAAUGUUAGAAAUGCAAAAGAAGCAAAAAAUGCUAAUCUGAAAGAGAAGCACCUUCAUGUGUUGGGAUUAUCAUGGGGGAACAAUGAGGUGGCUUUGAAUACAAAGUCAGCAGGGAAAAAGGUACCAGGAUUACCAUGUGGAAGUGGUGGCUCUGAUGCUGGAUUGGAAGUGGAUGAUAUUCUUGCAUGCCUUGAACCACACCCGAAUCUAAGGAAACUUUUCAUCAAAGGGUUUCCGGGAUUUAAGUUUCCCUUCUGGGUUCUCCCGAAUCUGGUGGCACUUGCAUUGAUCAACUGCAAAAGAUGUGAAAGUUUGCCAGCUCUUGGACACCUUCCAUUUCUUGAGACUCUUUAUUUGCAAGGAAUGGAUAACAUCAAACAUAUUUCGAGAGAAUUUUAUGGUCAGGACAGCCAGAAAUUAUUCCCAUCUCUCAAAGAACUAACACUCAGGGAAUUUCCAAACUUGGAAGAUUGGUGCGGCAUGGAUAAUACAGAAGUUUUUCCACAGCUGAGGAAAUUAAUUUUGGAAAAAUGUCCGAACUUGAUGGCAGUGCCACUCUUUCCAUCAGUCCAACAUGUGGAGCUGCAGGAUUGUCAUCCAUCAAUCAUCAACUCCAUGGAAAAUUCAACCUCACUUUCCAAUCUUGUUAUUCACACAUUUCCGGGCUUAUUGCUCCUUUCAGAAGAGCUUCUGAAAAACGAUGGCUCGUUAACUUCUCUGAAGAUUUCUUCGUGCCAAAAUCUUCAUUCACUGCCUUCAGAACUAGAGAAACUCACUGCUUUGAAGUCACUGUCCAUAAGCUGGUGUGAGGAGCUGUCCUGUUUGCCUCAAGGACUACAAUAUUUGAAAUCUUUGGAGUCCUUGGAGAUUAGUGAAUGCCAUGGUCUCUUCUCUUUGCCUGACGAUGGUAUUGCAGGAUUGAGCUCUCUCAAAGUUUUAUCCAUUGAAAACUGCAAGAACCUGACUUCUUUAUCAACUGGACUGCAAUACCUUAAUGCACUAGAGCACUUGACCAUUAUGUACUGUCCAAAUUUAACUUUUUCCCCAGACAAUUUUCACAAUCUUUUGUCACUCAAGAGCUUUAGCAUUCUAUGUUGUCCUGGACUUGUUUCUCUACCAGAAGGGUUACAACAUAUCAAGGCACUGCAUAGACUGGAAAUUCGUAGCUGCUCGGGUCUAAGAAAUUUGCCUGGAUGGAUUACUAAUUUUUCUUCACUAAGAUCCUUGGCCAUUUCUGAUUGUCAUAAUUUGACAUCACUCCCAGAAGGAUUCCGACAUCUCACCACUCUGCAGCAUCUUUCCAUUGAAGAUUGUCCUAAUCUGGACCAGUGGUGAUCUUGGAAGCUGAAGAGAGGAGAAGGUAGUAGCUUUUCAGAAACCAGAGAAUAACUUGCAGCAGACAACGAGUCAGGUAAAAUGAAAAAAGGUUUCCAUAAAAAAAUAAUUGAAUACAUUUCUUUGGGUUCUUUAGAAAUAUUUUUCUUUAAUGGAUAUGGUGUCAUUUAGUUUAUAGCUAAUAUCAUGACCAGACAAAGCCAUUGUGCUGUGUAAUAAUUUUACAGGUGUCAUGACCUGUCUUGGUUACUGCUGUUGCUACAAGGCCCUUGUGUUUUGUAAUAAUUUUACAGGUAUCAUGACCUGUCUUGGUUACUGUUGUUGCUUUAUUGGUGAUUUCAA